GGCCGGGGCGGAGGGGCGCUGGGGCCAUGCGGGGCGGCGGCCGGAACGCAGCCGGGCGCAUGGCCGGAGCAGCAGCCGGAGGGAGCGCAGCCGGGAGCCGCGGCGGGCGGGCGUGAAGCGGCGCCGCUCUGCCCAGCCGGGAGGGGAUGGCGGCGGCGGCGGCGGCGGGGGUGAGCUACUCGCCGCCCUGGUGGGUCGGCCUCCUGCAUCGCCUGCCGCACUUCAGCCUCAGCUGGGAGGCCGCACCCGACGAGUUCCGGCCUGAGGACACCCAAUACCAGCAGGCCUUGUUGCUGUUGGGAGCCGUCUCUUUGAUGUGCCUGGCUUUGGAUCUUCUGUUCCUCCUCUUUUACUCCUUCUGGUUGUGUUGUCACCAUCGGAAGAGUGAAGAACAACUGAAUGCGGAUUGUUGCUGUACGGCGUGGUGCGUCAUCAUUGCGACUCUAGUGUGCAGCGCUGGCAUCGCGGUGGGCUUCUACGGAAAUGGGGAGACCAGCGACGGCAUUCAUCGAGUAACAUAUUCCCUGCGGCAUGCCAAUCGCACGGUGGCUGGUGUUCAAGACCGGGUUUACGACACAGGCAUUGCCCUGAACAAAACGGCCGAGCCCAAUUUAGGAGACCUGGAGGUAAUAUUCAGUAAGCAGACACAGUAUCUGCACGUGGUUCAGAAGAUCCAGGGACUUCUGGAUGACCUGGUAAGAGAAAGCACAGAGAUUCCCUUCUGGAAGAACCACCAGGUUUCGUUAGAAGAGUUGGCCCUUCGUAUCGACCUGUACGACUGGUACAGAUGGUUGGGCUACCUGGGCCUGCUGAUGUUCCAUGUUGUGAUAUGUCUACUGGUGCUAUUUGGACUAAUCAGAAACUCCAAGGCCAUUCUCAUUGGUGUGUGUCUUCUCGGGGUGCUGGCCCUAACUGUGAGCUGGGGGUCUCUGGGGCUCGAACUGGCGGUGGCUGUGGGUUCCAGCGACUUCUGCAUUAACCCUGAUGCUUACGUGUCGAAGACAGUGGAAUCUUACAGAGUGCUCAAUGCAGAUACUUUGAACUAUUACCUGGUCUGUGGUGCUGGCUACCCCAAUCCAUUUCAGCAGAAGCUGUCAGGGAGCCACAAAGCUCUGGUAGAAAUGCAGGAUGAUGUCCUGGAGCUGUUGAAGUUGGCUGUUAAGGAAUAUCCUACCUCUAAGGAGCACCUGAUUCGAAUCCAAGAAGUGCUGAACUCCACGGAGGUCAACCUGCAACAUUUGACCGCUUUGGUUGACUGUCGGAGUCUUCAUUUGGAUUAUGUCCAAGCUCUGACCGGCUUCUGUUACGACGGUGUAGAAGGACUCAUCUAUCUGGUCCUGUUCUCCUUUGUGACGGCCCUGAUGUUCAGUUCCAUUGUGUGUAGCGUCCCGCACACUUGGCAGCAGAAGAGGAGCACCGAAGACGAUGGAGAGGAAGAAUCCACAGCUCAAGGGAACCGGCAAACUCACGACAACUUGUACCGAGUCCAUAUGCCGAGUCUCUACAGUUGUGGGAGCAGCUACGGCAGCGAAACCAGCAUCCCGGCAGCUGCACAUACCGUCAGCAAUGCGCCCGUCACUGAGUACAUGACGCAGAACGCCAAUUUCCAGAACCCCCGUUGCGAGAACACUCCUCUGAUUGGCCGGGAAUCUCCGCCUCCUUCUUACACCUCCAGCAUGAGAGCCAAAUACCUCGCCACCAACCAGCCUCAGCCGGAUUCUGGAAGCGUGCACUGAAAACGAGGACACCUGGAAAGUGAAAAAUGGAACGAAAUGGGCCGACAUUGCAAGCCUCUGCUGUCUUCACAGUUCUAUCCUGCUUUUCUUCCCGAGUCCAGGAUCCAGCUCAGUUGCAUUUCCUGCUGCUUCUUCCCCAGCUUGACCUGGCCCAUGUCCAUGUGAAGACACCUCCGUAGAAGCUUAUUGUUCCCUCGCAGUUCUCUCUCUACAGAGAGGGGGAAACAGACCUCCUCAUGCUCAUGUCCACGUGCUGAAGACCUGCUGGUCCUCUGUGUUCCUUCGCUGUACAGGGAAUAUGCUUUUGAUGCCCGGAAAUGGUCAAGUUGACCAUCUCCUCCCUAAGGCUUCGGUCUAACCCACCAGAAACGAUUGGAUGAACCAGAUGACUUAAACCUGGAUCGUGGUGCUGUUGACGUGGCACGCUUGAAACGAAAGCCAUCUUUAAUGUCCGCUCUGCCAUGAAGCUCAGAUACCUCUCAGCUUCUCCUCCAGAUUCUCCUCCUUGGAGCUGCCGUAGAGGCAUCCUCGGUUCUCCUGCCAGCAUUGGUGGAUCUCCAACCUGGGAUCUUCGCAAGUCCUUGGUCCCUUCCCUAUUACAAUGUGGUCUGCUAAUUUAACCCUUUGCGAUUCUCGGAUACCUCUACUGCAAGUUUACUCCUCCGUUUUAUUAUCUGGGCUGAAAGUCCUGGAGAGAAGGGAGAAGGCUUCCUGCACCAGCUCUCAUGUGGUUGGAUGUAUGUGCUUGGUCUGCACACACAUACAAACACAGCCUUAUAUGAGCACACACUGUUUGUGCUCUGUCUGCCUUCCUCCUUUGUAUCUGUACUUCCUACCAGCUCCCACCAAACAUCUCUUGAGCCGAAGUCAUCAAACUGGAAACAGCCACUCUUUCGGUGCCAAAAUAUUCCAGGAAAAUAUUUAAGGAGCGCUGUAGGUGGGAAGGCUGUGAAAUAUCAAAUUUUGGGGAAAGGAUUUGACACGUCAAGGAGAUACCAGCAAAACUAAGCUUUUUCCCAAGGUUAGAAGGUCCUCCCAAGGUGUCCUCCUAGGUUAGACUUCUCCAUGCUUAUCAUUUGGGCCUCUUUGGGGAGUUAGGACAGAUGAAUCCCUGUUGACGUUAGAUGGAGAAAGUAGGGUUGUCCCUGAUCCUGUAUCCUUAAAUCAGGAAGCAAAGAUAAAAUUACUGUUAUGGGAAGACAGACACUUGAAGUUCAGGAGUGGAAGGGAGUCUCCAGAUAGACUCUCACCUUAAUUUGAAGGCCAUCUGGAGAUCAGUUGCUUCUUAACGUGUUGACAGUAAAGAUGAGCAGCAAAUUGGGAGGAAGAACAAUUGCUGCAGGACACCUACCGGUGCUCCCGCUGUGUGAGAUGAUUAGGAUAUUGAAUAGUUGCACCCUAUUUUUAUUGAUCUCUUGGGUCUUCUCAUUUUGAAAGCGCGGCGGUUUCCUUUUCAAGUUUUGCACGCUUGAGAGGAAGUUUUGCUUGCUUUCGCUCUUGAGAGAUGUCCACACACACACACACACAUACACAUACACACCUCUCCGCCAUAAUUGCUUGCUUGCUUUGAAAACUUAGAACGUCCGAAGGCUCUGAAAUCCUUAGAUGCAGCUUGCGGCAGAAUGAGGAGAUACAAAACCACUGUUAGGUCUUUUUUAAAACAUCAGGGUCACGUAAGCCAUUAUUUGUGUGUAAGUGCAGGGAGCCUCCUCAGCUUUGCAAUCUGAGCUCUAGGUGCCGAUCACACAGAGCUCAUCGCCCAGUGGCAUUGGGACAGGAACUGGACCUACUUCCAACCAGGAAGGUAUUUGUACAAAAACGAAACCUCCCCCCAAAAAAUAAAUACAUUCCUUCACAGACCACCUUUUGAAGCGUGCCCUUAAAAACAAAAUUGUGCAGGUGAUCAUAGAUCUUCAGAAGAACGUUCUUGGUAGCUCAGUUUGUGGAGAGCAGGAAGACAGCCCCGCCCUGCUCAGUCUUCUUUAGGAAGAAGAAAAACUUGAGCAUGAUCAUCUUUAAGGAAGGGACCAGCAACUUAACCUUGUAAUAAUAACCACUAUAGAAGCUGACUUUCUCCUGAAAAAGCUUGGGGGUAUCCUGCACGAAUUGGAGUUGUCGUCCGCAUUUUCCAACAAGUAGAAGACAACCUGGUGGAGAAGACCAAGCUGUCGGAUCUUGGUCGGGAGUUUGGCGCAGGGUGAAUCUUCUCCAGGGACUUUGAACUCGGCCCAGCUUUUCAACUAACCGAGAUUACAGAAUCAUCUCAAACUCAAAACUAUGGUUGCGUUCUACGCACUCCCCGCGCCCACCCGUGUAAAUAUGGAUUGCUGGGGACGCCGAGAGCACGUGCAGCUCUGGUGAGGCUUGCCUGGAUGGCUCUCUUUUCAAAAAAUGUGAGUGUGUUGCAUGGUCACUUGUUUGCCUUCCAAGAGAAGCCGGGGUUACUUUCCCCGACUUCUCCUUCGUGCCAAGCAUCCGUGGCGACCAUUUCGACUGCUAAGGGCUGUUCACCGCUGGCUGUCCUCUCCUUCCAAACCAGCUUAUCCCAAGUUUCCCCCUGUCCUCCCCGUCCUCCCUCAAUUCUUGGCUGGCAAAGAGUGUUGACCUUCGGCUGGCUCGGUGUCUUCAUCAGGGCUUCUGCACCAGCUUCUUUGGCACAGUAGGCGAAACCCCCACGAAGUCGUUUAUUUUCUGUUGUCUUAGCUUUCUCUCUCUUUGGGUUUUGUUUUUUUCCAAGUUAAGAACUCUCAGGAUGGCGCUGUAGACUUUUCCGGCCAUUCGGUCGGUCAGGGGCAGGGGGGAGGAACCAUCCCUGUGGACUUUUGGGCCGAAGAAAUUCAGGAGACAUUGAGUGGCGGGUCGCUAAGACCGCUUGGCCAGAACCUGAAGUAGGGGGACAAGAGGUUGGAGUGGAAAAGCGGAGCCCUAAAACUCUUCCUUCCUUCCCUUCCCGAGAGCCAUUGCCAGGGGGAUUGGUUUUUCCCGUGGCAAAUGCCCUUUCUUGAAAACAAUCUUAAAGGAAACCAAGGAACUACCUGGAGCUCAUGAGGAAUUUCUCCACAAUCUGACAUGUACAUAGCAUGGGGAUGGACUUUUCCCGUCCAACGUUGAAGACUGCAUUGUAAUUGUUUUGGGGUUUUUGUUUUUUGUUUGUUUUUUUUAAAAAAAAUCGAAUCAAGACUUGGCUGUGAAUUUAUUUUUGUGUGUGCUGUCCAAAAACAAGAAAAACGUGUCGUGUUUCGUAUCCUGUCUGUAUAAUAUUAGCUCACUUGGUUUUGAAUUUUCUUUGGCUUCUUAAAAGACGAGAAAAGGUUUUAAGGUGAAAAAAAAAUAUAUAUCGAUAUUCAUCCAUGUAGACUUGAAGGUUAGUUUCUUCUCAACUAGCCUCGAUUAAAAACAAAAAACAACAAAAAAGCAAAUCUGAUAGGUAUGUGUGAAUUAAAUACCUCAGGUGUGGCCAGCUUUUAACUGGAAGGAAGAGGAAUGAGUAGCUUAAACCUGGCUUAAACUUGGAACGAUUUUACUGAGGGCAAAAUUUCUGGAGCGUCACAGAAAAUGGGUGCGUUUUUGCACAGGUGUGUUAAAUUCAGUUCCUGCUCAACUCGGCACACUUGCCAUGGAGAUCUCUUGUGCUUGUCUAUCUGUGGCCCAUAAGGACCCAAGACCUCUAUUUUCUCCCAAAGCAUGCUGGUGCUUCCUAAGAUCUACUAACUAGGAAGUCAAGUAGCUGGGAAUAUCUGUUGGUGUUUCUCUCAGGAUCCUUUGUGUGUUUGAGAAGGCCAAGAUUGUGAUCUCUUGUAUUGUCCGCUUGAGCAGAGAGGAAGGUCAGAAGAUGCAGUGUGGGAUGUGAUCCGUGUAGCCAGCAAGGCCAACAAGAAGGUUGAAUGAUGGGUCUGGUCCACAGUUCAGUUUUGAUCGUGGAUGGAGGCCAUUGGGGCAGAAGGCAUGUCGCUUUUGGGUACGUCUGCUUUGAGGCAACUGUGCCCAUUUCUUCUUUGAAAAACCGAGAUCUAGGACUUAGGGCAUGUCAAAAAGCUUGUUGCGGUGAAGGUUCUGGGAAUUGUUCAACCGUAUCUGGGCCAAAAAUAAAGUCUUUUAAAAGCCAUAGCGAUGAAACAAGGCUGGAGUUGUGCAGCUUUGGUCCUUACCCCACCCUUUCUGAGCUGUUGUCUAAGAGGAGGUGCUCUAUUGGCUGCUUCCCCCCCCCCCAUCAAUCGGGCAUCUUCCUCCAGGAAGUAUGAAGCUUAAUUAAAGUGAACAAGUCCAGUUCAGGCGUCUCUGAUGAGGGAGAAUAGAGAAAUGUGGAUCCGCAGCUUCCAAGCUGUUGUCUUCAAGAGUCCUUGAAGGGUCUGGGUUGGACCAUGUUGGGUUAAAAAAAAAGCCUUCAGCCAAAAAUAAAAUAAAAUUGAGCCUUCAGCCAUCUGUUUCUGUCCUCCUUCAUCUUGUAAUUGAUGGCCAAGUAGGUAGACAAGGACUCCAAAAAAAAAAAAACACCUUAUCUUGGUCUCUGCUCAUUUUUGAGGUGUGUUCCUCAGAGAAAUGCUUUCUUUAAAAGUGAAACUCUUGGACCUGAAAUAAUUUAGACAGGCCCACAAUUAGAUCUCUAGAUCCUAGGUGUUGUGAGUAUGUCAUGGUGAUGCCUAGCUAAGCUUUGAGAUCCUUGGAAUAUUGGAUAGCUGGAACCAGAUCUUCCACGUAACAAGGCAGGUUGUUGGCCAGGUCUUCUGGUCCACUGCUCAAUGGAAGGGCAUAUGCCUUGCAGGCAAGAGCUCCAGUCCUUAAAUCAUUUCCAAAUGGAGCAGAAAACUUGACCACCAGGCAUUGUUAAGAGGACUUAAGUACUAAGUGCUUUGGUUCAAUCUAUGGCAGAUGCUCCUGCUUGUAGCUAAUGAGUUCUCGUUGGGAGAGGUGACUCCCUGGGCGACCAAGGACAGGUGCUGAGAAACUGAUGGGACCUCUGUUCACCAUCAGCUAAUAUGUAGUGGUGGGAGACCACCACAUCCUUGUUAGUUAAUCUUCAGAUUUCCCCUGUAGACCAGGGGGGGUCUCCAAACUUGUCUCCAAACUUGUGGACUUCAACUCCUGGCUGAGGAAUUCUGGGAGUUGAAGUCCACAAGUCUUAAAGUUGCCAAGGUUGGAGACCCCUGCUGUAGACCAUCUCCCAACCUCAAGAAGCUUCUGAGAGGGAGAAAACGGUGCGCCUGGGACCAAACAGACACAUCUACACACCGACACACUCAGAAGCCAACCUUAGAACCCAUGUUAGCAGGGCCGUUGCGUACCUCGGACCUCAGUAAGCAGGGCUGAACGUUUUCUUACCUUUUCAACAACGCAACAACCAUCACCACCACAGCCAACAGCGGCAGCUGCUGGACUAGCGUCAGGCUAGUUCUUUGGUGCUUUGUGAAUUCAACAACCACACUUUUGUCUCUAUGCAAGGUGGGACGUUCCUCCUGUUUUCACCCCUCCUUCUCUGAUAACCCAGAUCCAUCUCUCAGGCUUCCCCAAUCCAGUUGGGGGUUGGACUUAACGUCCCCCUGAAUCAACUCAGCUUUUCAGGGAGGUAGGAUGGGGAUUCUGGGAACUGUGAUCCCUCGAGAGCUUCUGAUUCCCAGGAAUAUUGAUGCUGUGGUCAAGAACUGGGCCUCUUCUAUUCUCUUUCCCCCUACUUCAAUCGAUUUUGCGUUGAAGUCUCUUAGUAGGGUUGCUGAUAUUGUGGUUGCGUCUUUCAUGACCCCCGCUUUGCCCCCCCCUCCCCCCAGAGCAAGCGAGUUCCAUUAAAAACCCAGUUACAAAGAAUCCUGGUUUAUUACCCAUCCAACACGCAGGCUAAAUUGGGCAGGCAACGCCACCUCUUAUGACGCAGGGCCAAGCUUCACCUUCUGAAUUUCUGCCUGCCCGUGAUUAGGAAAGGCACCAGAGCCUUGGUGGAGUUUGGCGCUAUAGAUGGUUGGCAACUAGCAAUUCUAUUCUCUCCUCUGUUCAUUAGAGAAUCAAACCUGGGAGAUAAUUUUGUAACUUUUAAUUCUGUCGAUCUCCAAUUUUAUUAUUAUUAUUAUUAUUAUUUGAGAGGUGUGGCAAAUUCUACCAAGUCGAACUCCGAACUGGCGUUUUCAAACCGGGUUUUGCUUUAAACCACAAUGGUUAAUACAGCAUUCUACUUUUAUGUAUACAUAUAUAAUAUAUGUAUAUGAAAUAUAUAUAAAUAUAAUUUUUUAAAGCCUUUAGACGUGACUAGCUUCUUUCAAAGUUCUCCACCGGACAACCCCCCCCCCCCAAAAAAAAACAUUUUUGAAAUUUCACGGGGGUUUAAGUGGAGGGGGUGGGGUUUCAGCCUGAUGACGAUUAUUUUUUAAAAACUUUUCUUUGACUUUUGGUUGAAUUUUAUGACCUUGUACUGUAGCUGUUUUUGUUUCGUUUUUUUUAACUGGUUUGUGUUCUUUCUGUUCUGCAGAUAUUACAACAGAAAUGAUUCUAAAUGUAAUUCCUGUGGUUUCUAUUCCGCUUGGGUUUCAUGUUUUAAAAUAAACAACUUUGAAAAGGCUCUG